AUGAAUUGGCUCGGCCUCCUCGUCCUGCUGACCAUGGCCGGGCUGUCGCAUGGGACAUGGGACAACUGCGGAGGAAUCUGCGGACUCCGACCUCCGCAAUCUGUAAACAGCCCCAUGGCUUAUUCCUACGGCAAUGUGGCUUAUGACUAUGGCAUGACACGUGUCGUGGGUGGUGCCGGUGCCGCGGAAGCAGCUUGGCCCUGGAUCGUCAGCAUCCAGCAUCCAUGGAUACCAGGCCUGGGGCAUCUGUGUGGAGGUUCUCUGAUCAGUCCAGAUUGGGUCCUCACAGCAGCCCACUGCUUUGAUGAUAUGAGUAAUGCCAGCUUGGUCUACGUGGUGAUUGGGGCCACCCGGUUCACUCAGCCGGGCCCUGGGGCUGCAGUGCGCAAUGUGAAGCAGGUGGUGGUACACCAGGACUACAACCCUAAUGACUUUAGCUUCGACAUUGCCCUGAUGCAAUUGGACCACCCUGUCCAGUGCAAUUCCUACAUCCAGCUGGCCUGUGUGGCUGAACCCACCCUAAGAGUCUCAGAGCUCAUCAACUGCUGGAUUGCUGGCUGGGGUUCCACUGUUGCAAGAUCGGAAGGUACUACACCUGAUCUCCUCCAGGAGGCCAAGGUCCAGCUCAUCGAUCUCCAGCUCUGCAACAGCAGUGACUGGUACGGAGGGAAACUCUACACCCACCAACUGUGUGCUGGUUACCCACAGGGUGGCAUCGACACCUGCCAGGGUGACAGCGGUGGUCCUCUCAUGUGCCAGGACAACAACGCUGACCACUGGUGGGUUGUCGGAAUCACCAGCUGGGGAUAUGGCUGUGCCAGAGCAAUGCAGCCUGGAGUCUACAGCUCCACUAAGUACUUCUUUGACUGGAUUGAUUACAAUAUGCGUGUAAAUGCAAUGAAAAACAUGAAUUGGCUCGGCCUCUUCGUCCUGCUGACCAUGGCCGGGCUGGCACAGAGCCAGUACACCUGCGGAGGGAGCUGUGGGUACCGACCUGUGGCUUAUUCCUACGGCAAUGUGGCUUAUGACUACGGCAUGACACGCAUCGUGGGUGGUGCUGGUUCCGCAGUAGCAGAAUGGCCCUGGCUCGUCAGCAUCCAGCACCCAUGGGUACCAGGCACAAAACAUUGGUGUGGAGGUUCCCUCAUCACUGGAGAUUGGGUCCUCACAGCAGCCCACUGCUUCGAUAAAUUUGAUAACUUCAGCCUGCUGUAUGUGGUGAUUGGGGCCACCAACUUGUAUCAGCUAGGCCCUGGGGCACAAGUGCGCAGUGUCAAGAAGGUGGUGAUGCACCGCGACUACAAGCGUAAAGACAUGAGCUACGACAUUGCGCUGAUUCAAUUGGAACGUCCUGUCCUGUGCAGUGCCUACGUCCAGCUGGCCUGUCUGGCUGAACCCACCCUAAGAGUCUCAGAGCUGAGAAACUGCUGGGUUGCUGGCUGGGGGGCCACUACUGCAAGAAGUGUAGAUCAACCUGCUCACCUUCAGCAGGCCAAGGUCCAGCUCAUCGAUCUCCAGCUCUGCAACAGCAGUGACUGGUACCCAGGAGGAGUCUAUUCCUACAACUUGUGUGCUGGUUACCCAGAGGGCACCAUUGAUUCCUGCAAGGGUGACAGCGGUGGUCCUCUCAUGUGCCAGGACAACAACGCUGCCUACUGGUGGGUCAUUGGAAUCACCAGCUGGGGAAAAGGCUGUGCCAGACCAAAGCAGCCUGGAGUCUACACCUCCGUUCAGCACUUCUAUAACUGGAUUGAUUACAAUAUGCGUGUAAAUGCAAUGAAAAGUGCUCCUUGA